AUGCGACUAUUUAAGCGAUUAAACAUUCAAUGUACCAAAGUAAAUGUCUCUAUUGACCAACUCGAUUUAUUUAAAAAUGUCAAAGAUAUCAAUUUGGUACUUGUGAAAAAUAAGACCAAAUUACAGCACAUUACUUACUUAAAUAUCCCAAAUAACGUGGUUUCUAUUUCUGAAAAUUGUUUUAAAGAAUUUUAUAAUUUACAAGAAGUUGUACUUUCAACAAAUUUGACAUCAAUCGGAAGUUUUGCUUUUAAAAAUUGCAUUUCCCUUCACAGAAUACAAUUUCCAGACAGUUUGAAAGUUAUCAAAGAAUACGCAUUUCUGUAUUGUGGAUUGACACAAAUAACAAUUCCAACAAGUGUCACUGCAAUUGAAAAUAAUGCCUUUGAAUGGUGUUUUGCAUUAAAACGUGUUGUUGUUCCAAAAACAGUUUUAGAACACAAAAAUGUAUUUUUUGAGUGUUUUUCACUGGAACAUGUCCAAUUUAUUGAAAACAGUCAAAAAAGCACAAAAGUUAAUACAACUUUUAUUUAUUGUAAAUCACUCAAAGAAAUCAUUAUACCAAAUGACAUAACAAAAAUAGAAAACAAUACAUUUUCUUCAUGUUUAUCUGUUACUAAAAUCUCAAUUGGAAGUUCUGUUGAAAAAAUAGGACACCACUGUUUUGAUAGGUGUGAAAAUCUUGAAGAAAUCGAAAUUCCACAAUCAGUGACUUUUAUUGACGAUUUCGCAUUUUACAGGUGCCGCAAAUUACGAAGUGUGAAAUUCAACAACAGUCAAAUAGAACUUUCACCCACCGUUUUUGAAUGCUGUAAUAAUUUAAAAGAUGU